AUGUACGGACCGAACUACGUGUGGAUAUUGACUGGGUACGUUUCGAGCUCUUGGCAGUCAAGUCCAGAAGGUGUUCAUUGCUCCUCCGAGGAACUCCGAAUUGCCAGCGAGGGUUAUUUCAAGGUUGGGUUCAUCAUGUAUGGCCUCAGUCAAGAUGUCGGUCGAUGUGGAAAGACACCAGAAGAAUUUCGUCAGGAAAUUUCUCCAUUGGUAGGAUACAACAUAACCGUAGACGACCAAAGCUUUGGCGCUCUUGGCUAUGACGGUAUGUGGGCAUUGGCUUUAGCAAUGCAUGGAGCCCAAGACGUCUUGCUCAACGGUUUGGAUUCAUACCCGUACGGCGAUAUCGACUACGCCAGAACAGUCACCAAUCAGCUUCGGAGCCUAGACUUUGAUGGAAUGUCUGGUCCUGUGCGGUUUGCAAACGGUCGUGAUCGACUUGGUAAGCAACGUCUACUGCAAAACAUUGGUGGCAAAGAUGUUCCAAUUGGAACAUAUGAAAGCAUCGCAGACAAGCUGGUGCUGUCGGUUCCUGUAGACAAGCUGUGGUAUGACAAUGGAGGAAAACCGCCGCCUGACUCCGAUAUAACACUGACAGUGUCGUUUUUACAAGCCACGCCCAUUGGAAUCCUGGUUGGCAUAUCAAUUCUGGCUUCACUAGGAUUGCUUCUUGACUUUGCGUUCAUCGGAUUUAACAUUAUCAAGCGCAAACACAAGCAAAUCAAGAUGUCAAGCCCAAGGGUGAACAAUAUAAUUGCUAUGGGUUUCAUGUUAGCAUAUCUGUGUGUGGUACUUAUUGGUAUCGACAGGUCAAUGGUCGGUGAAGGCGCCCUGCUUCAUGUCUGUAGGAUGCGUUCGUGGCUCUUUGUUAUUGCGUUUACCCUAUCAUUUGGAGGAAUGUUCACCAAGAUGUGGCGGAUAUAUAGCAUUGUCAUCGCUAACAAGACUAAGAGAAAGGUGAUAAAGGACCGUUAUCUUUUCGGUAUCAUUGCUGUGCUGUUAUUGGUGGAUUUCGCAAUACUCCUGCCUUGGCAGAUCAUUGAUCCUAUACACAUUGAAGAAAUACAAGUUCCAAUUCCUCAGACCGCAGAAGACAUAGCGAAUCACGAGCAACACCAGUUAGUUUACGUCAACUGUACGUCCAAUAAUAACACCAUAUGGAUCUUGAUCUUACUGAUAUACAAGGCGUUUGUCGUCGUGUUUGGCGCAUUCCUUGCAUGGUCUACACGAAAUAUCAACGUUCCUGGUCUGAAUGACAGUUAUUACGUAGGUCUGUCAAUCUACAACACCGUCAUCUGCUGUGUCGUUGCUGUGCCGUUAUCGUUUCUUGCGGUGUCCUCCAUCGGCGUGACCUUUGCCCUCGUUUCCGGUUUCCUGCUUUUCUGCAUAACAGCUUCAGUCUGUAUGUUGUUCUUUCCAAAGAUAAUUGCUGUUUAUCGCAAGAAUGACGUCACUUGUAGCACUGUUACGGGAAUGAUUGGUACCACGGCUACAACGGUCCCUGCUUCUGCGGAUAAACAGUAUGGUUUGCCGUCAACCAGCGCAAACCAUGAACUCAAAAGUGUGUCAGAGAAUCUAAAUUAG